GCUCGCGGCGCAGCUCGUGUCCGCCGUGCGACACAUGCACGCGCGCGGCGUCGUGCACCGGGACCUAAAAAUGGAGAAUAUUAUGCUGGAUACCAGUAAACAGUUUAUCAAGAUCGUAGAUUUCGGGCUGUCAAACGUGUGGAGCGCGGGCGGCGCGCUGCGGACUCCGUGCGGCUCCCUGGAGUACGCCGCGCCCGAGCUGUUCGUGGACGGCCGCCGCUACGGCCCCGAGGUGGACCUGUGGAGCAUAGGCGUGAUCGUGUACGGCAUGGUGACGGGCGGGCUGCCGUUCUCGGGCGCCGACGCGGGCGCCGCCGAGGGCCGCUCGCGCCCGCUGCUUCGAGCCGCCAUCGCGCGCGGGUUCACGCGCAAGCAGAAGGCCGCCCUGGCCUGCGUCUCACCAGAGUGCAAGACUUUCAUCCAGCACCUGCUCGAACCGAACGUGGAGCUACGGAUGAAGAUCGAGGAGGCAGCGCGGCACCGCUGGGUGCGGCGUCCCGGCAUGCGUAUGAAGGCGCACCCGCUUGGCUGCGUGGACCCCAAGGCCAACAGGGAGGUACGCUCGCACCUGCCACCUGGCUCGCACCUGCCACCUCGCUCGCACCUGUCACCUCACUCGCGUACCACUAGAGCCCAAUAGAUCGAGGAGGCGGCGCG